GCAAAAUCCCGACACUCCAACCUCAACAUAAAUCAAACACUUCCCUGGACAGGGAAUGUCUGUGUCAGGCAAGAAAUAGAGUCAAGAGCAGUCAGCGGAGUCUCGGGUGCCGGUGCCUGUCGUUGGAGCCUGGGAGCAGGAAGAUGUCGAAUGAACUUGAUUUCAGGUCUGUGCGGCUGCUAAAGAACGACCCAGUCAACUUCCAGAAGUUCCCCUACACUAAUGAAGACGAGGCUUGGAAGACCUACCUGGAAAACCCCUUGACAGCCGCCACAAAGGCCAUGAUGAGAGUCAAUGGGGAUGAUGACAGCGUUGCAGCCCUGAGCUUCCUCUAUGAUUACUACAUGGGUCCAAAGGAAAAGCGGAUACUGUCCUCCACCACCGGGGGCCGGAACGACCAAGGAAAGAGGUACUACCAUGGCAUGGACUAUGAGAUGGACCUCACCCCCCUUGAAAGUCCCACGCACCUCAUGAAGUUCCUGACAGAGAACGUGUCUGGAACCCCAGAGUACCCAGAUGUGCUCAAGAAGAAUAACCUGAUGAGCUUGGAGGUGGCCAUGCCCUCCCCGGGCAAGGCAGCUGCCCUCCCCGCCGGCCCCAGCAAGCUGGAAGCUGGUUCUGUGGACAGCUACCUGCUGCCCACCAGUGACGUGUAUGAUAAUGGCUCCCUCAACUCCUUGUUUGACAGCAUCCAUGGGGUGCCACCCACACAGCGCUGGCAGCCAGACAGUACCUUCAAGGAUGACCCGCAGGAGUCGCUGCUCUUCCCAGAUAUCCUGAAAACGUCCCCGGAACCUCCGUGUCCAGAGGACUACCCUAGCCCCAAGAGUGACUUUGAGUACACCCUGGGCUCCCCCAAAGCCAUCCACAUCAAGUCAGGCGAGUCGCCCAUGGCCUACCUCAACAAGGGCCAGUUCUACCCCAUCACCCUGCGGACCCCCGCGGGCGGCAAAGGCCUUGCCUUGUCCUCCAACAAAGUCAAGAGUGUGGUGAUGGUUGUCUUUGACAACGAGAAGGUCCCGGUAGAGCAGCUGCGGUUCUGGAAGCACUGGCAUUCCCGGCAACCCACAGCCAAGCAGCGGGUCAUCGACGUGGCUGACUGCAAAGAGAACUUCAACACCGUGCAGCACAUUGAGGAGGUGGCCUACAAUGCACUGUCCUUCGUGUGGAAUGUCAACGAGGAGGCCAAGGUGUUCAUCGGUGUCAACUGCCUCAGCACAGACUUCUCGUCGCAGAAGGGGGUAAAGGGUGUCCCCCUGAACCUGCAGAUUGACACCUAUGACUGUAGCUCCGCCACUGAGCGCCUGGUGCACCGCGCUGUCUGCCAGAUCAAGAUCUUCUGUGACAAGGGAGCCGAGAGGAAGAUGCGGGAUGAUGAGCGGAAGCAGUUCCGGAGGAAAGUCAAGUGCCCCGACUCCAGCAACAAUGGCAUCAAGGGCUGUCUGCUGUCCGGCUUCAGGGGCAAUGAGACCACCUACCUGCGGCCCGAGGCUGACCUGGAAACCCCACCAGUGCUGUUCAUUCCCAACGUGCACUUCUCUGGCCUGCAGCGUCCUGGAGGGGCAGUGCCCUCGGCAGGACAGGGCGGCUCCAACAGGCUGCCUCUGAAGCGUGCCUGCUUGCCCUUUGCUGAGGAGCUGGAGCCUCUGCCCUCCAAACAGGCCAAGGAAGACGACCUGCAGAGAGUUCUGCUGUACGUGCGGCGGGAGACUGAGGAGGUGUUUGACGCCCUCAUGUUGAAGACCCCGGACCUGAAGGGGCUGAGGAAUGCGAUCUCUGAGAAGUAUGGGCUUCCUGAAGAGAACAUUUGCAAAGUCUACAAGAAAUGCAAGCGGGGAAUCUUGGUCAACAUGGACAACAACAUCAUUCAGCAUUACAGCAACCAUGUCGCCUUCCUGCUGGACAUGGGGGAGCUUGAUGGCAAGAUUCAGAUCACCCUUAAGGAGCUGUGAGGACCCGGGGGUGAGCUCCAGGCCAGGAGCCAGCUGCCAGUGGCCCCAUGCCGCACACAACCUCUCCUCAUGCCUCAGUGCCGUUACUUGAACACCUUCCCAGAAGGAAGAGGCCCGAGCCACCGACGUCAGGGCCAGGAAGGGACCUGGGAGGUGUCCUGACCCGAGCCCCCACUCAUGCUUGAAUCUACUCUGAGCGCUGCCAGUGCCUGCUCAGCCAGACAGUGCCGUCUUGGUUAACGCCCGGCAGACUGGUUCUCCUCCGCAGCUGCUGCCUAUCCCGGUGCUGGAGGCGGGCCUCGCUCCCAAAGCCGACCUGACCACUGUCCGCUCCCAUUCUUGGUCGUUCCAUCGACUUCAGACCAAGGAUCUCUCACCCUUGGGUCAGUUAACUCGAACACUCUUGAUUUUCAGUGCAAAUGACUUUUAAAAGACACCGUGGUGGACGCACCCUCUUUCUCAUGGACUUCCUCCGGGCCCGAUGUAAAUAAUAGAGCUGAUCGGCCACAACCAAGUGGCUGCUCCAUAAAUGACCGACCGCCCUGCUCACUGUUGUACACAUUUCUCACUCACAGUUUUCAUUUAUGUUAUAAAUAUAUAAGUAUAUAUUGUAUAUAUAUGCAACAUUUUAUAUUUUCACGGAUACAUUUUUAUCAUUUCAAAAAAUGUGUAUUUCACAUUUCUUGGACUAUUUUUUUAGCUGUUAUUCAAUUAUGCAUUUUGUAUACUCAUAUAGUAUUUAGUAAUAAAAUUCUGCCUAUGUAUUACUUCAAAUGCCACACUUGUUCCUUUUGUGAAAGUCUGCCAGGAGGAGAGGGUGAGAGUAGACACAGCCUGGCUGCUCCUGUCCUGGGGGCGUUUGCCCCAACUUGAAGGGCAGUGCUGAGCUGGGCACUAGUACAGCAGGCGUCCCACCUGGAGGCGUCCUGCCCAGCUCUCUGCCUGCGUGGUCCCACAGCUGAAUGUUAUGACCUGGGGAGCACUGACUGGACAUGUAGAAGUCCUGGAAGGGUCAGGAUGACCUU